GAUAGUUCCAGCAAGGACGAGGCAGUUUCAUGCAAAUGGAACUAAAAAUGAACCGUGGAACAUUUCUACAGCUACUGCUCAUUGCAAUUACAGUUUCAUACAGCGUUAUACAUGGAAGAAUCUACAACGACCACACUUAUUUAGGUUGUUUUCAAGACAACGCCGGAAACCGUGAUUUAGGCUUAAGAAUUUCCAACAAGAACAACCGUUGGGACUGUAUCGUGGCCUGCAAAGGUCAAGGCUACCGUUACUCGGGAAUGCAAUACGGAAACGAAUGUCGGUGUGGACAUUCCUAUGGAAAACACGGCAAAUUAGAUGAAUCAAGUUGCAACAUGAUGUGCACAGGCGAAGGCGCCACUCAGACAUGUGGUUCCGGUUUGAAGAAUAAUGUUUACGACACUGGGUUCCGUUUUGAAGAAGAUCGUGUAAGUGCAGAUGUGGGGAAACUAUCAUCCAGGGCUUCUGUUGAAUGUUCCGGAAGUAACGCAACUUGGUCAUGUGACAACGCUAUAGAUGGCCGGCUUCAUUAUACAUCGGAUGACAUGUGGAAAGCAUACUCGGAUUCUAACUCAUCCAACAACGUUGGAGGGUGGAUCAAUAUAACCUUGGCCCGACCAUAUUGGAUAAAGGAAGUUAGUCUGAUACAGAACAGAGAGAGUAUCUUAACACAGGCGAGUCAAGUGAUGAUCGAGAUGAGUGAAGGCACAACCGUCAAGAUGGAUCUGUACAACCUUCCUGAAUCUGAUCGACGAAGUUUUAAGCUUUCUAUAUUAGCUAAGUGUAACAUAGAUUAUAUGUUGUUAUUGUAUUUUGUACCUUACAUACCUUGUUUUUCCAUAUAA